CACGGAAUCGUACCAUCGUAUCGGCUAUAUCUCUCAACGUCAAGGAGGGUACAGGAGAGUCAGAGAGGGCUGGGAGGGUACCCGAAUGGGCUAUGGAUUUCCUCUGCCGGGGCGUCGAUCCAGGGACGGUGGCGUGCAGGCUUCCUCUCUCACUUCUCGCCGAAGCCGACAGACUCGCCCUUUAGCAAAGCGUACUUCAGAUCCCAAGACGUAUCCACCACCUCCGGAGCACCUCUCUAGAUCUCCCCUCGCUCUUUCGAACAAGCCUACCGCCAUACCUUGGCGCUUCCCGCUUAACAGAAAGCACUACGAUCUCUUAGCCGACCCCUCUGAAGUACUCAGCUAUGCGCGUCAAGCCGUCUAUGCACAAUCGUCAGGCUCGUGCUCCGAAGCCGUACAGCAGGCCUACUCAACUCAAUCCCUCCACCGACUCCUUCUGCGACUCUCCCGCUGCAUCAAAAUCCCGCACUGGGACCAGCUGGACGCCCGCUUCCACAUCCCAAAUCUUCUCGCAGCAAACUACCUCCGAUAUCAACCCCUCUUCCGACGCGUGGAACGAGGAAAUCGCAGCCUUCACCUCCGAUUGGCCAGGAUUGGACGAGUCCUACUCUGCCUCGCCAUCCUCUCCUCAAAUCGCGAAAGACUAUAUCCCGCCAUCUGUCGACGAGCUAGACACAUUGCUCCGACCGCUAUCCCUCUCGUCACCGAACGAAGACGACGCUUCGCUCAGAAGCGCAUUCCCUCCUCCGUCCUCUACGGCAGUUACUCUCCCGCCUUGCUUCGUGCCUGCGACGAGCACAACGAUGCCCCUAGUACGCAAGUCCGCUUUCCCGCCAUACAUGAGCAAGCCACACCCACCCACGCCUGUGAAUGGGGUCGCCUCGUCCGCCAUCCCAUCUGCCCCUCCGUCGACGCUGUCUUCUACGAGCGACCAGAUUGCGUCUACCAUGCUGACUCUCGAGAACGUGGGGAAGAUGCCCUCGCUCGAUCGCGCAGACUCGGAUGUCACCCUCGUCGAUGGCACCAGCGACAAGGGCGAGAUGACGAAGGCCGCGUUGGCGUCGAAGAUCGUGGAUGCGCUUACUGGACCGUCUGCGGAUACUCUCCCUGGCGCAUCCGUGGAUGCAUUUACCCGCGUAUCAGACGGGACCAGUGACAUGGAGGUCGACGGCGGGAAGGCGAUGGACGUAGAUGGCGGGAAGGCAAUGGAUGGCAAGGCGACGCAGAGCGCCAUACUUGGCACUUUUGCGGCGACACUGGCGCUGCAGAUCGCAGCUGCUGGGAUGGCGAGGGCGAUGAGCGGGUGAGGUGGAUGUACGCAACUUACUAUGAUUUUCUUUCUUUUUCUCUAUCCUUCAUUCCCUCUCGUUCCAUCAUCUCCUUGUCCUCUCCCAUUUUCAUCAAUCUACUCUCUUCCACCAGACGAACGCACAGCCCAUCCGGCAACUGCCCACACCUUCACUUGCCUACUUAUCACCCUUCUUUUGCACUUCUCCCCAUAUAACAUUGUUAUACCACUCUCAGGAUUCAUGCUACACAGAUCUCAUUACAUGUAUACUAAGUCUACUUCAUUAUUCUAUGAACUCGUUGGCCUUUUAGCGUACAUGAGAAGGGAUCU